GAGCAGGCAGAGAAAAUAACACGAGAGGGGAGAUCUGAUGAAAGAGGGACGAGCUAUGAAAAAACGAGGGAGAAGGUAAAAUCACAGCACCACAGAAAAGAACUCAAACAAGGAGGAUGGGAAGGAUGAAUGGAGGAGAGAGCACGGCUCGCUGAGGUCUCCAGAAAGAGACGGCUGGAAGGAGAGAAAAGGGAUGAGCAGAGAAAAAGGGAGAGAGCAGCCAUGCUUUUAGUCCUGGAGCUGCAGGGCUGCACGGCCUCUGCACAGGCCCAGCGUUAGGCCCACAGCUCAGCCCUAUAACCCAGACUGACGGCCACGCAUCAGCUGUGCCCAAAAAGCAUGAGGACCGCCAGGAAGGGCGGCGUGGAGAUGCCUGCUUUUGUAAGGCAGCUGGUGAAGGAGACAGAGAAGAGGGUCACCUCUUUCUUCAAGGGGGGUCAUGGAGGAGCUGCAGAAGGAGAGCAGCCAGGGGAAGGGGAGAAGGAGGAGAUCAUCCCCAGUCCCUACCUGGACCAUCCAGUUCUGGAUAAACUCACAGAGCAGGGCUGUGGCCCCUGGGGCCUCAGCUACGCACUGGGCAGCAUCCAGGGCUGGAGGGCCACCAUGGAGGACUUCCACAACUGUGUGCCACAUCUGGGGGGCGAGCUGAACGACUGGAGUUUCUUCGCUGUGUUUGACGGUCACGCAGGCAGCAUGGUGGCACAGUACUGUUCCCAGCAUCUUCUGGGCCACAUCCUGUCCACAGGUGGAAUGGGGCCAGAGGACAACCCCGAGAAGGUGAAAGGAUGCAUCAUAGAGGGCUUCCUGCAGGCAGACAAGCAUCUACAUGCUGUCGCACGUCAAGAAGGCUGGGAGAGGGGCGGCACCACUGUGGUCGCCACUCUCAUCUCACCAUACUACAUCUACUUUGCCAACUGUGGGGACUCAAGAGCCAUGCUGUGUCGCUCUGGCCAGGUUUGCUUCUCCACUGAGGACCACAAGCCUUUCAGUCCUCUGGAGAAAGAACGCAUCGAAAACGCAGGUGGCUCUGUGUCCCUCCAACGAAUCAAUGGCUCUCUAGCUGUCUCCCGUGCACUGGGAGACUUCAGCUACAAGGGUGCUGAGGCCCGUUCACCCAACCAGCAGAUGGUCUCCCCAGAGCCAGAGGUGUGCGUGGUAGAACGUUCACCUGGGGAUGAGUUCCUGGUACUUGCCUGUGAUGGGGUUUGGGACACAAUCAGCAACGAGGAGUUGUGUGCCUUCAUCCAAAACCAGCUGCAUGUCUCCACUGACCCGAGGGACAUCUGUACCCAAGUCAUUAACCUCUGUCUUUACAAGGGCAGCUUGGACAACAUCAGCAUCAUCCUGCUGUGCUUUCCUGGAGCCACCCAGCUGUCAGCAGCAGUAUUACAUCAGGAGAACGUGCUGGAUGACCUGCUGGAGUCCACAGUUGCGGGUGUGUGAGUGCAGUGAAUGACUUGGAAUGGAUAAUAUAUUUUAAGGUAUAAGUCUUAUUAAAAGUAGACAUCUAAAGAACCUGUUUAUGUCAGGAUUUAAUAUAGAUCCCAUUGUACUGGCUGGUUAUGGUGCCAACCACAGUCAGAACCAACAAAUUCAGGAGUCCACCCCCUGGGGAGCUGGCAGAAACUGAACAUAAUCAGCACACGUGUGAUUGGACAGGACUGAUAGGUGCAGGAAGUUGACAUCACAGCAGAAAGAAGAGCAUGAUCAGGAUGGGUGGAGAAGGGCUGAUAGACACCUUCACAGUAGCAGUCCUGAUAUUUGAUGAUACAGGAGUGAGAACAUAACAAGGAACUAUCACUCAAACUAUAAUGUAGAGGUCUGCUUUCUACUUCAGGGAGAGGUACUGUACUCAUGCACGGCUACUUGACUUGACAAGGCACUAUUUGUGUUUUCACUGGAUGAAGCAAGGCUACCUUUUGAAGUACCAAGAAUUUUUGUUUUUUUUAUGACCAUGCACUCCAAAGGUAGAAGAUGGAGAGGUUAUUGACAGUGAGUAUACAGGAUAUAGCCCACGCAAUGGAAAACCACCUUCAGACUCAACAUGGUACAAGAUGCUGAUUGGGAACCAGG